GCGGUAAUUAAAUGCAUAUAUACAUGUCUAAAUAGGCGUGUCCCUCUCCAGUGUACCGCUUUCAGUAGUUUGGCCAAUGAUAUCGUUGAUACAAUGAGUAUGCCAGUUUUUACUUGUGUCUAUCAGUGGUAGUCGAUAGCCGACGUUUAUCGAUGUGCGUUGCAGGACACGUACGCAUUCAGCUAUUACUUUGUGCGACGCAACUUUACUUUUUUGGGGAAGAAGAUUCACAGUUAAUUCGGUCUAAUCAAGAUUACUAAAAAAAUGGCGGACGACCGUUUGGAUAUAGUAAUAUUUGGUGCUACUGGAUAUACUGGAAAAUAUGUAGUGAAAGAUGCAGUACAUCUCUGCAAGGAGAACAAGCUAAGGUUUGGUGUUGCUGGUCGUAGGAAGGAAGCUUUGGAAGCUGUCAUUAAGGAAUUUGCCUCAGAUAUUGACGAUAUACCUAUUAUCGUGGCUGAUAUAAAGGAUGAAGAAUCUCUUACAAAAAUGACGAAACAAGCAAAAAUAAUUAUUAAUUGCUGUGGUCCAUAUAGAUUUUAUGGAGAACCAAUUAUUAAAGCUUGUAUUGCUACUCGUACUCAUCAUGUUGAUGUCAGUGGCGAACCCCAGUAUAUGGAAAAAAUGCAAUUGGAAUAUAACAAAGCAGCGCAAGAAGCUGGUAUUUAUAUAGUGAGUGCUUGUGGCUUUGAUAGUAUUCCUGCCGACUUAGGAAUCAUUUUUACACAGCAAACAUUUGGAGGAGAAAUCAAUACUAUUGAAACAUAUCUAAAACUUUGGACAACUGGAAAUGUGAAAGGUUCUCUUCUGAAUUAUGGAACUUGGGAGUCUGCAGUAUAUGGCAUGGCUCAUAUGAACGAAUUACGAGCACUGCGUACAAAAUUAUAUCCUACUAAAUUACCCAAAUUCACACCAAAACUGAAAUCAAAGAUACUACAUAGAAGUGAUGUUUCUGAAGGAUGGUCAACUCUAUUUAUGGGUGCCGAUCGUAGUGUCGCUUUGCGUACACAACGAUUCAUGUACGAUAAAUACAAAGAGAGACCUGUACAAGUGCAAACUUACAUCACAUUUCAAUCUCUCUUUUCUUUCAUGAUGAUUGCUAUUGCUGGUAUGAUUUUCGCCCUCAUGACCCGUACAGCAUUCGGUCGUAAUUUACUUCUGAAAUAUCCGGCUCUAUUUUCAUACGGUUUUGUAAGCCACGAAAGCCCGAAACGGGAAACGCACGAACAAGCGCGCUUUUCUAUAACAUUUAAAGCCCUUGGAUGGACUGAAAAAUCGGCUGAACCUACAGAUAAGCACACAGAUCCACCUAAUAAGAAAGUAAUUACAAAAGUUAGCGGUAUUAAUGGAUAUGAAAUAACUAGCAUUGCAUUGAUCUUAUCGGCAAUUACAAUUCUUAAGGAAGCUGAUAAAAUACCUGACAACGGAGGAGUACUUACACCUGGUGCUGCAUUUGGUAAAACUUCUAUGAUCGAGCAAUUGAAUAAACAUAAUAUUAAAUUCGAAGUGAUAUCAUCUACCGAAAAGUAAAAAUAUCAAAAGAUUCUAUAAAAUUUUCUUUAAAUAUAUUUUUGGUGCAGUUGGAGAUGUACGGUGGACUCUUUUUAACACACUUUGUAAUCAGGUUUACAUUUUAUACUAAUAUUUUUAUAGCUUUUGAGUAAACCUGUUAUGCUUUAUAUGCAUAUUUCACAAUACUUUAGGAGAACAAAAAAUGAUAUCUAAUUGUAUUUUUUUAUGUUAUAAUAGACGAACUAAUAAUUUUUUAAAUUAUUAUGCAUAAUACGCAUAUUAAGGUUGAGAUAAUAUGACACUUCAUUACACAACACUAUAUAAUAUAUUAUAUAUAAAAAAUUACAAUUAUCAUUCAAUGACAAAAAGGAGUGGCUUAAUUAAGAGCUGAGCGCUGUAAGCGGUUCGCAAUGUCUUUUACCUUAUCGAAAUUUUUUAUUUUGUACGUUUCGGUCCUAAUUUCAGCUGGGGUCACUGGGGUCAUAGACAAAUGCAUGCACAACCUAAUUUAAAUUCCUUUGCUGAAAGGAUGUCGCUUCAUAUGUUUCGGUCCGAAAUUAGGACUGAAACAUAAAAUAAAAAAUUCUGACAAGAUAGAAAAUAUUGUGCACCACUUACAGCGCUUGGCUCUUAAUUAGUUCGCUCCCUAAUUAAAUAUUUAUAUCAGAGCCUCUUACUUUAUUUUUUACAAUUAUCAUUUUGUGAUUGUAUUCAUGAACAAAUUUCUCUCUCUUUACAUGUUAUGAAUAAGAAUAAUAUUAUUUCAAGUUACCUUUUACCAAAUCUAUAUAUAAUUAGAAAUAAUGGUAAAAUAUAUCUAAUAUUGUAAUUAAUAAAGAUCAUUUGUCGUUAAAUAUAUGAAAAUGGGAGAAGGAUUUACAAUCUAUUUGAAAUUACAAAAUUUAGUACAAAGACUUUUUGCUAAAUUUUCAAAAUAUUUUGCUAAUAUUUUAUAUAUACAUUUUUGAGGAAAUUUUUAUUAUUUUGUGAGAUAUAUGUAUAUGUAAUUUAAUAAAUUAAUACUCUCUUUUGUUCAUAAUAAACUUAUUAACAUAAUUUUUUGGACUUCUGCUAAUACCAAGAUAACAUCUCGUCUACACCUUCAGUUUCCGUGAUUUCUCAAAAAUAAACUACUAGAUAAUAUUAAUUUUGUAUGUUGAAAUUAAAAACUUUAUCAAUUUUUCCCAA